AUGGCAGCGCCGUCAAGUGACACUGAAGAGCAGAGCCAAUGCAGACGUGCAGAAUCACCCAUCAUGCACUUUUAUCAUGAGUGGAAAUCUGAGACCUGGGCAAGGCAAGGGACUGAUGGGAUCAUGCUGCCUGUUCCACUGGCCCUCCUUGUUAAGCUCGUAUCGUCACCACAGCAACAAAAGCUAACAAUGGAAUGGUCUGAGGACAUUUCAUCCAGAAGGAACAGCAACCCUGCAGACAUGUGGAGGCGUCUUGGAUCCGGAGGAAAGCCCGUUAUCAUGUCAAAAUCCACUGAAUGGCCACCAUCAGGACAAUGUGAAGUUAGCCAACUUUAUGACUUAAAUAUGAAAUAUGCCCUACAGCCGUAUGCCUUGAAUGACCUUGUCUCAGAUAGUGGUACUCUUCUGGUAGAUUUGGAAAAAUGUUUGGAGGAAACCUGUGCGACCUACUGCAUCGGACUCUUCUGUGAUUUCAGGGUACUGGAAUCCAGUUCCUCACAUCUGUCUGAUGAAUGCUGCACCCCUGAGCAGUCUCCCCAGCCCAUGCAGUAUCUGCUAAGAGACGUUCUCGCUCGGAGUAGCCGCGGUUUCCUGCUUCAACAGUGCUUGAACGGGAACCAGCGCUGGACCCUUCUGACCCCAGGGGGCUGCUCCAAGCCAGAACCCUCUGCAACCUCGUCGCUCCACCGCUCCAGCAUGCCAGCCGCCGCCUUGACUACUGCAUCUACCUUGCAAGUGUGCCAGAACCAGCACCAGGACUCGGAGGCUGCCAUCAACCGCCAGAUCAAUGUGGAACCGUAUGCCUCCUACGUCUACCUGUCUAUGUCUUGCUACUUCCACCGGGAUGAUGUGGCUCUGAGGAACUUUGCCAAAUACUUUCUCCACCAAUCUCAUGAGGAGAGGGAACAUGCUGAGAAACUGAUGAAGCCGCAGAACGAACAAGGCGGCUGAAUCUUCCUGCAGGAGAUCAAGAAACCAGACCGUGAUGAAUGGGAGAACGGGCUGAAUGCAAUGGAGUGUGCACUGCAUCUGGAAAAGAGCGCGAAUCAGUCACUACUGGAACUGCACAAACUGGCUACUGACAAAAAUGACCCCCACUUGUGUGACUUCAUUGAGACUCAUUACCUGAAUGAGCAGGUGAAAUCCAUCAUGGAACUGGGCGACCACGUGACCAACUUGCGCAAGAUGGGAGCCCCUGAAGCUGGCAUGGCAGAAUAUCUGUUUGACAAGCACACCCUGGGGCACAGUAAUGAGAGCUAAGCUGACUUCCCCAAAGCCACAAGUGACUUUCUGGUCACUGAGGCAGUGCGUGCAUGUCGGUCUGCCUUUAUCUUUUCUAUAAGUCGCACCAAAACAUCUGCUUAAGUUCUUUCAU